AUGGAUAUCGGAAGCUGGAUUUUUUUAAAGAAGAAAGGAAAACAUGUUAUGCCCGGAAACAUGGAAUUUGAAACCACUACCACAUUACACCGCCACGUUACAUCUGGAUGUGAUGAAGAAUGCAAUCGCAUUAGUGAAGAGUCAUUAUUUUAAUCAUUCAAUAUCUGUGGUACUACCUAAUACAGUUACCGUUCCUCAAAAUUUACACAAUUGUCUAUCAAAGGAUACAAAUUAUUAUCGAAUAAAUAAGCUGCAUGUCAGCGAUCUCUUAAACAUAGAGUUUAUCGAGGCUUUUGUUAAAAAAGGGGAAAUUAAUCUCCUAACAUUAGAAAAUAAAAUAGACUUGGAAAAUUCUAUUUGUGUAACUCCAACUGGAUAUUUAAUACUCUCUUUAUUGACGGAUGAUUAUCAAGCUCUUGGUUUAGAAGGGAAACCCUCUGCCUUCAGUCAUAAAUCUCAUACACGAUACAUAGUGAGAAUUGAUCUAACAAAUGAAAACUUCAUUCCUGGUAAGAAGAAUUACGAAAGAAUUCGGAUAGCGUUGGAAGAACGACUCACCGAGAAGUUUGAUGUUAUAAUAUCAUGGGAUCCACCAGGUAUCCAGAUCAAGGUUCGCUUGCCCGUCACCGAAAGACUCACACUGGCGAUCGACCCUUUCAGUGCUUGGAAUGCCACAAAAACUUUCCUACAUCCACGGCGCUACGUCGUCACUUGA